AUGGACAGUACGAUCCCUCAGCGGCCACCCCCGCGCGACCCAUCCACGAGUCCUGAAGACAUACAAUCCGAAUCAUCUCCCAAUGUGUCCCAGUCGCCGUCUCCAGAUCCCGCAUCCAAGCGUCCCUCGUUGAACACGCAAGACGGCAGCAUGGCUGCUCCCAUGAGCCCUUCCUCCGCCCCCCUCGGUCCGACCAACGCAGCAAGAAGGCCAGGCCUGUUUCCCAGCCGUGCGAGUGGCCUGAACUCGGAUAUACAAGCAAAGAUGAAGGCUUUCUCGUUGUCCAGGCAAGGGGCACCUCCUUCGUCGGCACAGAAUAUGAGGCAGCAGUCGUCUGGCCCUGGCGGUUUCGUGGGCGGCCCGAUCUCGGGGUCUUCGCCCGUUCCACACACAAACUCGACGUCUAACCUGCGACUACCGCCGGGCCUCAGCCGUCCCAAUGCACCGAGCUUUGCGUCCUCGCCGUCCUUAGCCGCAGGCACGCCGCGACUGGCGAGCCCCCGCCCUCCUGUCGGCGGUCUGGCGGCGAAACGUGGUCUCAAACCAGGUGGCCUGAAGCUGUCAGACGCCCAAAAGCCUGUGCCCGCCGGGCAGGAGGCGGAGAAACAGGACACUGGAUCUCAGUUCAGCAAGUACUCGAACAUCAUCGACACAAAGACGGGCACGUUAAACUUCAAGAACAAGGCUGUCAUUCACGGCACUGGCAUCGAUUUUGCAGAAGGAAGCACCUUUUCAAUCUCGUUGGAUGAAGUAGACACCAUUUCCGAGCUGGGAAAGGGGAACUACGGCACAGUCUUCCUGGUCCGACAUGCUCGGCCCAGAUUGCGGAGGCCUGGGCUAGGCUUGCGAGGUAACAUGGUGCGACACUCGUCACAGUCGGUGGCCAAGCAGGAUCAAGAUACAGACUCUCACACUCCUACUGCGGGAACUAGCGGUCUGGUUAUGGCGAUGAAAGAGAUCCGUCUGGAACUGGAAGACUCUAAGUUUGCCGCCAUCAUCAUGGAGUUGGACAUCCUCCAUCGCUGUAUCUCGCCCUUCAUUAUUGACUUCUAUGGGGCGUUCUUCCAGGAAGGAUCGGUCUACAUAUGCAUUGAAUACAUGGAUGGCGGAUCCAUCGACAAACUCUACGGGGACGGAGUGCCGGAAGGGGUGUUGAGGAAAAUCACGUUGUCGACGGUGAUGGGGCUGAAGUAUCUCAAGGAUGAACACAACAUCAUUCAUCGAGACGUCAAACCGACCAACAUCUUGGUCAAUAGCCGGGGUCAGGUCAAGAUUUGCGAUUUCGGAGUGAGUGGUAAUCUCGUUGCCUCGAUAGCCAAAACCAAUAUUGGCUGCCAGAGCUACAUGGCCCCGGAACGCAUUUCGGGAGGUGGCAUGGCUCAGGUCGGGGCAAGUGGAGGAGGCUCCUACAGUGUGCAGUCUGACAUUUGGUCAUUGGGUCUCUCCAUCAUUGAAUGUGCACUGGGUCGAUAUCCAUAUCCACCGGAAACUUACGACAACAUUUUCAGCCAGCUGAGUGCCAUUGUUGACGGAGACCCUCCCGACCUGCCGGCUGACCGGUUCUCCGAAGCGGCGAUCGACUUUGUGCGUGGCUGUCUGAACAAGAUUCCACGACUGCGGCCAACGUACGCGAUGCUUCUGAGACACGCCUGGUUGGCGCCGUUGAUGAAGCCUCCCACGAUCUCGGAGGAGGAUGAGGAAGAUGGGGAACAAGCCGCCGAAGCUGGUAUUGAGACGGCAGUCUCCGGCGAGAGUCUUCCCGACACAGCGGACAGGGAAGUGGCCGAAUGGGUGAAGAAUUCAAUGGAAAAGAAGAAGGCUGGAAAGAUGGCGGUCAGCAAGAAGCCUGCCUUGCAUGAGGCACCGCUGGACGCUGUCCCGGGGAGUCCCUUGCUCAACCGGCAGGAGACACUGCCUUGCCCUGAUGAUCCGGCGCCGGAGGACGUCAAAGCCAACCCUGGCGUUCCAGUUGAUUCUCCAGACCUGACGGCGGCAAAAGUAGAGGGCUUAGAUUUUGCUUCAUGA